AUGCUGAAACCUGUCCUUGCCACCCUGAUGGUUGUCCUUUGUGCAGUUCUCAUACAAGGAAUGCCAACGUACAACAGAGGGCGCUGUCUUUGCCAAGGAAGGAUUGCACGCAGAAUGAACAUGGACAAUGUUGCAGAAGUGAAAUUUCACCGUCCGAGCAGCAGCUGCGCGAAGGAGGAGCUUGUGGUUGUUUUCAAAAGUAAUGGGGACAUGAGAUGUCUCGACGUUAAUUUCCGCCAAGGCAGGAGAAUAAAACAGGCAAUUAUGCAGAAACGGAAAUGAAGAACGCUACGGAGAAGAGGUUGGAAAAUAUAAGCAGGCAUUUCAUUUCAGAGGAAGAUAGGUAGUGACUUUUGAUCAGUUGUUGACGGACGUUUGUCCACCGUUACAUAUGUUCUCCUGGAGCACCUCCUGACCAUCUUCUGGAGCACUUGAAUUCUCUGGAAGACACGUUUGAAAAGAAACAGACACCAACCUCAUUGUUUAGAGACAGGACUGUUCUUGUAAAUCUGCUGGGAUUUGGAAACAAUCCAGAAAUUUCCCUCUUUCAUUCCCCCCCCCCUUCUCCUUUUUAAGGGCAAGAGUUCAUUUUACAGCGAAAAGAAAUAGAAAAUUAUGAGAGCUCAGGCUCAACAGUUUCACAACAUAAUGACUUGUUAGCCCUGUGGCUUAACAUCUCUGCGAAUGGAAGGCUUUUGGUACUUCCUGUUUUGUUAUAUUUAGGAAGAAUAUUUCCUGGCAAUCCUGUUGUAUCAUUGCAUCUUUCUUGGGUAUUUAUGUAAUCUGUUAUAACUGAUGGUAGACAACAGAAGUUUCCUUGUUGCAGCCUUUUCCAGUGCAGUGCUCUCUGGAGGUUUGAACUGCAAUCCCCAUUAUCCACAGCCAGCAUGAGAAAGUCUGCUUUAAUGGAUACUUACUGGACACAUCGUGGCAAUGUACCUUUGCAUUUGACAUACAGAUUUUUAAAAAUGCAAAUACUAUCAAGUUGGGAGGGGGGAACUGUUAAUAUGCAGAAUCAGACUUUGCUGUUGUCUAGAGAAAGAUCCCUUCUCCAAAGCUUGGAUUUGUACAGGGACGACAGGGAGGGUGAGAAUAUUCUUGAGUAUAAAUGUGUAUUUGUAUGUAUCAGCUAGGUGAGCUAGUUUUCUGAAUUUGUCCAGAGAAAACAAAAACCUGUGUGCAUGCUUACUGCCAGCCCAACUUGUAUAUUUGUAAAUAA